AUGUAUAAAGUUUAUCAAUAUCAAAUGGUUUUAAUGCAUGCAAUUUUCAUAAUUGUUGGAGGUUGGGCUUACUUUACGUGGUUAAAAGAAGUAACCUUGUUUAAUUAUAAUGCAAAAUCAUUUGGAAUAGAAAAAAAAUACUCGGUUUGGCCCGUAUACAUUCCCGAUCAAAUAAUAUAUUUGCUUUCACUGGGAUUCAUACUUAGAGCAAUAAGAGAAGAAUUAAGUUGGAUGAUGAAUAUUUUAUUACUAAUUAACAUUUUGGAAAUUGGAAGUAUUUUAUAUAGGUUAAUCGUAUGGUGCCCUGACGAUUUAUUGAAUUCCAAUGAAUUUGUCGGUAUCUUUUGUCUGUUACUUACUAUUUCACAUUUCUUAACCCUUUUGAUCUGUUAUAAGAAUUUUGGGAAUAAUUUUGGAUUUUAUUUGAUGUAUGUUGAAAUUCCACCUGAAUAUAAUUAUAAUGACGAUAUUCCAAGAAGAAGAAAAGGCGUUAUUGGACGC